UUGGUAUUAAUGGAAGAAGGAACUCCACCCGGAUGUUUCCCGGCGGAGAAUGGUCGAGAAGACGAUGCUGGGGUUCAGUUUGUUCUUGAAUCCAAAGGAAAGUGGUGGCACGCAGGGUACCAUCUGACGACGGCUAUAGUAGGUCCGACGAUAUUGGCGUUGCCGUACACAUUCAGUGGGAUGGGGUGGACGGUGGGAUUCUUCUGCCUAACGGUGAUGGGACUCGUCACCUUUUAUUCUUAUUAUCUAAUGUCCAAGGUCCUUGAUCACUGCGAGAAGCAAGGUCGCCGUCAUUUCCGCUUCCGUGAACUGGCCGCCGACGUUUUCGGUGCCGGAUGGAUAUUUUAUUUUGUAAUCAUCAUCCAGACGGCUGUCAACACCGGAGUUGCCAUUGGUACUAUAUUGCUUUCUGGAGAAUGUAUUGAGAUUGUCUACUCAAGUAUUUUCCCGGAUGGAUCCUUGAAACUGUAUGAGUUCAUAGCAAUGGUUACAGUGCUCAUGAUAUUUCUCUCCCAAUUUCCAAGCUUUCACUCUCUCAGACACAUUAAUCUCAUCUCACUUCUUCUAUGCCUCGGCUAUACUUCUCUGGUGGUUGGUGCAUGCAUUCAUGCAGGUCUCUCCAACAAUAGCCCUCCCAAAGACUACUCCUUAGACCCUUCAGAAUCAACAAGAACAUUCAAUGCUUUCACUUCCAUUUCCAUUUUGGCUGCCAUCUUUGGGAAUGGGAUACUACCAGAGAUACAAGCUACCCUGGCUCCACCAGCUACAGGGAAGAUGUUGAAAGGGCUCCUUAUGUGUUAUACUGUGAUAUUUUUCACCUUCUAUUCAUCCUCAAUUUCUGGGUAUUGGGCAUUUGGAAACACAGUCAAUUCGAACAUUCUUAAGAGCCUAUUGCCCGAUAAUGCACCUGCAUUGGCUCCAGUAUGGGUUAUUGGCCUUGCAGUUAUCUUUGUUCUCCUUCAACUCUUCGCCAUUGGCCUGGUGUAUUCUCAAGUUGCCUAUGAGAUCAUGGAAAAGAAGUCAGCUGAUGUGAAUCAAGGGAUGUUCUCUAAAAGAAACCUUAUUCCAAGGCUACUGCUACGAUCUCUGUACAUAAUAUUCUGUGGGAUUUUUGCUGCAAUGCUACCAUUCUUUGGAGAUAUAAAUGGAGUUGUAGGAUCCAUUGGUUUCAUUCCCUUGGAUUUUGUACUCCCAAUGCUUCUCUACAACAUGACCUUUAAACCAUCAAGAACAUCCUUCACCUUUUGGUUCAAUGUCUCCAUCAUGUUUGUCUUCACUGGGGUAGGUUUUCUAGGUGCCUUCUCUUCUAUAAGGCAGCUCGUCCUUGAUGCAAGCAGUUUCAAGCUCUUCAGUAGCAAUGUUGUUGAUUGAUCAUGUCUACAAGGAUCCAUUUUCAUGCAAGAAUUACUGCUGUGACAA